AUGUCCACAACAUCAACCUCCACCUCGACAUCACCCAACACCUCACUAAAAGAUCAAGCCUCCCUCACAACCAACCCUCCACACCCAAACUCCCACCCGAACCUACAACUACCACCAUCACCACCCCUCCUCUUCCCCUCCGCGCACCACGAAUCAACAGAACUCCUCCAAACCCUCACGCACAUCCGCACGCACCUCCACCGCGCCUCGCAACUCUACUCCCAGAAGGCAGCGUUUCUUGAGGAUUCAGAAAGACAAUGGAUUGAGACUACGAUCGCAGAUACGGCAGACGCGGUGCAUGCGUUAGCGGUGUUGGUUGAGCCGGUGAGGGUGGAGUGGGAGGUGAGGAAUCAGCAAACUACACAUCAUAAUGCCAAGGGUAGGAAGGGCGAAGGUACAGAGAGGGAGGUUGGUGGUUUGUUAUUCGAGCUUGAUGGUGGUUUUGGAGAGGUUGAUGGGGGUGGGUUGUGA